UAUGGGUAAACUCGGGACAAAACAUUGUAGGACCACAGUAUGAUAAGUUUACUAGACCUACGUCCUGUCAAAUUUUUUGAAGUUACCGUGGACGUGUGUUCGCGCCUCUGAGAGAAGUGACGAGUGAACAAUCACACAUUGUUUAUGAAAGCUGUUUCUUCUGCGUCUAAUUGGCAUCUGCCCAACCUAGGAUACCAAGGGCAUGGGCAACUAAAACAGGCUGAACAGGAAUCUACUGUAUAACGUAAACGCUGUGGCUGGUUUGAACUCUGUUCUCCGAAAGUCUGUGUAAAAUACUACAAUGUCUUCAAAACAGAGAACCCGUGGAGGUAGUACGGGUGCAAGUGGCAUGAUUCUACCGGAGUUUAAGAUUGCGUUGCUGGGAAGUCUCGGCGUUGGAAAAUCAGCUUUAACCGUGAAGUUUAUCACACGUCGUUUUAUAAACGAAUACGAUCCUAAUUUAGAAGAUACAUACAGUAAAGAAGCGGUAGUGGAUAACCAGCAGGUUUUAAUUAAAAUCAUGGACACGGCAAACCAUGUAGCAGAGAGUUGGAUUGGCUCAGAAGACGAAUGUGGAGCUGAUCGUUAUCUCAAUUGGGCGGACUCUUUUAUAGUGGUGUACAGCAUCGAUAAUAGACAUUCAUUCGAUACGGCCAAAACAUUUCUACAAGAAGUCUCCGACUACCAGAAGCUGAAUUCGCCCGAAAAACCGAUUUUACUACUGGGAAACAAAGUGGAUAUAUCGAGAUACAGACAAGUCAGCAAAUCGGAAGGGAAUGUCCUGUCACAGCAAUACGCAUGUAAGUUCUACGAAACCUCAGCGGCCGGUAAUUACGAAAGCGUAGAAAAGGUCUUUCUUGACGCAGUCAGGGAAAUUAGAGACGAAGCGGAGAGGCACAAGCCGCUGAAACCUUUGUUCAUUAGUGACGAAGACAAGCCCGUGACACAGACUAAGGAAACCAAACUCAAACUGGCUAAACCGAAACCGUUACAUCCAAAGAAAGGAUCAACGUUCAGAAUAUUUAACAAAAUAUUCAAUUGAUUUCGUGCUGUGUCGUACUUUUUUUUUGUCCGAGAUUUGACUUUUCGGAUACGAGACUGCACGUGGUCGCGUUCUAAAGCUAAAGUUACAACGACAACAUUGACUGCUUCGUAUAUUGUUUUAGUCAAGUUAGGAACAACGUGUUCCACGGUAUGUACAUGAGUGGCUUCAUAAAGUAAUCUAAGGAAUGUGAAGCUCACUCCGAAACCACGAUCCAUAUUAUCUUGAAUACACUCAUGGGAACGAGGGACAAAAGUACUAACGACGGUGCUUUGUUAGUAUAUCACAUUCUCUCUAUAAAGGGACUGUGAGUAGUUGUACUCAGGCUAAGUUAUUGGAUAUGUUUGAGAUUUGAGAAUACACUACUAAAAAUGGAAGAGAUUCGUCAAUCAUUGCCGUCGCUAAACAGCCACACUGGAAUACAUAGCUUGGAGUCUGCCCUCGAAGUAUCAUACCCAGAUAAUAUGCUGUUCAUU